UCUCCAUCCAUCACUACAACUUCCUAUCCUCCCAGCUCAUAACCACCCCUUCAAACAACCAUGUCCAACAUCGACAAGAUCACCAACACCGCCAGCUCCUACAUCGGAGGCGCCAAGCAGACUAUUGGCGAGACCAUCGGUAACGCCGAUCUCGCCGCCGCCGGCGCACACCAGAAGGCCCACGCCGACACCUCCCUGAAGAUCGCCGAGGCCAAGCUCCAAGCCGAGAAUCUCGGACACAGUAUUGAGAGCAACAUCCAAAAGAACGCCGGAUCUCCCGCAGAAGACAAGAGCCUCGAGGCCAACGGACGGGCCAGCAUCGCACUAGGCAGCACCGGGCACAACGUCUAAGCCUUUGGCACUAACGCCGCCAUCAUUAGGUGACCUCUAGCCAGCAGCAGUCGCCCGACUCUUAUUCAGCCCAUCGCACCAAUUUCAUUGUACAGUUGUAAUAAAUUCCGAUUCCAC